AUGCCUCUCGAAGUCCCCUCCAAGACUUUUACCCGCGCCGAAGUGGCCAAGAACAACACCGAAGACAGCACCUGGUUCAUCAUUGACACUGUCGUCUAUGAUGUCUCCGAUUUCCUAGAUGCCCACCCGGGCGGCGAGGCCGUUCUGCGCCAGGUCGCCGGCACUGACGCCACUAUCGCCUUCUAUAACCUCCACAGGCACGAGGUGCUGCAGAAGUACUCCGACCUGGCCAUCGGCACCAUCGAGGGCGAGAAGCAGUCCAUCAUCACUCCGGCGCUCGGCGAGAUCUCGACCGUACCAUACGCCGAGCCGCUCUGGCUCACCCCUUCGUUCAAGUCGCCCUACUUCAACGAUAGCCAUCGCCGCCUCCAGCGUGCCAUGCGCGAGUUCACCGACCAGUACAUCACCCCCGAGGCCCUCGAGAAGGAGCGCUCGGGCGAGUACGUCAGCCAGGAGCUCAUCGAGCGCAUGUCCAAGGCGGGCGUGCUCCACAUGCGCAUGGGCCCCGGCAAGCACAUGCACGGCGUGAACCUCCUCAACGGCGCCGUUGACGGCAAGGAGUUCGACUACUUCCAUGACAUGAUCUGCUCGCAGGAGCAGGUCCGGGCCGCGUGCCGCGGUUUCCAAGACGGCAACAUGGCGGGCAUGGUGAUCGGUCUCACCUGCAUCCUCAACUUCUGCAAGAACCCCGAGCUCAAGAAGAAGGUGACGGACGAGGUGUUCUCGGGCCAGAAGAAGAUCUGUCUGGCCAUCACGGAGGCCUUCGCCGGGUCCGACGUGGCCGGGCUCCGCACCACGGCCACCAAGACCCCCGACGGCAAGCACUACAUCGUCAACGGCACCAAGAAGUGGAUCACCAACGGCGUCUUCUCCGACUACUUCGUCACGGGCGUCAACACGGGCAAGGGCCUCUCGGUGCUGCUGAUCGAGCGCGGCGAGGGCGUCGAGACCAAGCCCAUCAAGACGUCGUACUCGCCCGCCGCCGGCACCACCUACAUCACCUUCGACAACGUCAAGGUGCCCGCCACCAACCUCCUCGGCGAGGAGAACAAGGGCAUCUACGUGAUCCUGUCCAACUUCAACCACGAGCGCUGGACCAUGGCGUGCGCCACCAUCCGGUACAUGCGGCUGGUCGUGGAAGAAUCCCUCAAGUGGGCGCACCAGCGGCUGGUGUUCAAGAAGCGGCUGAUCGACCAACCCGUGAUCCGGCAGAAGCUGGCCAAGAUGAUCGCGCUGUGCGAGUCACACCAGUCGUGGCUCGAGACCAUCACCUACCAGAUGUGCAACAUGGCCUACUCGGAGCAGGCCAAGCACCUGGGCGGCCCCAUCGCCCUGCUCAAGAUGAGCGCCACCCGCGCCGCCCACGAGAUCGCCGACGAGGCCGUGCAGAUCUGGGGCGGCCGCGGCCUGACCCAGACCGGCAUGGGCCGCGUCAUUGAGAACUUCAACCGUACGUACAAGUUCGACUCCAUCCUAGGCGGCGCCGAGGAAGUGCUCGGGGAUUUGGGUGUCAGGCAGGCCAUGAAGUUUAUGCCCAAGGCGGUGUUGUAG